AUGACGGACCACAAGGUGCCGGUCUAUGCGACCAAUGACCUAAAAUCGACGAGUGACGAUGCUCUACUUCCAUACCUGACCAACCUCCCUGCACCCUAUACAUUCACCGCCGAUCACACCAAAAGUAAUAUCCGGUUCCUACUUGGCUAUAGUGCUGUCGCAAUUGCAGCAUUCACUUUUUACGCCGAUCGAAAACUCGGCUGGGAAGCGACGACAUCACCUUGGAUAAUAAUUGCCGUGGUCACAUAUUUCGCGCUGAACAGUGCCUUGACCUUCUGGAUGUGGGCUGUUGAGGCUGGCGAGGUCUUUAACGGAAAACGCAAGUCGGGUGAAACUGUAAGUGUGAUCUGGACUGUCUGGGCCCUCCAGAAGACCAAGAAAGAUGCUGACGAUAUACCUUGCGAACGGAAGAUUUCCAUCUCCACCUCGGCCCAAAAACACUCGGUCCUGUACAAGGUGCACAUCGUUUACAAGUCACCUACGGGGAAGGUGCUCCAGGAUAAGAAGCUCGAGGCGCCCUUCACCAAGUGGUUCUCUGCCGACGGUAUCUUCCACCCAGAACCCUUCCGCAAAUGGCUGGCUGGCGAGGUCGACGUGCUUCGAUUGGCAGCCAAGGAGAAUGAGAAGAGACUGGGUGGUGCGUCCGCUGUUGUCAGCAACUGA